AUGCCAGCUCCAUGGCGCCUCACAGGUAUCAUCGGAGCUCUUUAUUUUGCUCGACUGAGCGACGCCGUGAGGCUACUUGAUUCUAGCGCCCUUAUCUCAUGCUCCGAUACCAGUAUCAUCAAGACCAACAAUUUUCAGAUGACACUGACACCUGGGAAUGCCAGUCUCAGCAUCGAGUUCGACGGUGAACUUACUUACUCCGGCAAAAUAAUUAUGGAUAUCGAUCUGCUGGUUUACGGGUACAGCUUCUUGACUACGCAAAUCGACCCGUGCGAUUACGAUACUUUGUCUGGCUUUUGCCCAAUGACACCAGAAAACAUGACAGUGCCACACGCGACACUUACUUUGUCAGAUACUUUAAUAUCGGAAAUUCCAAGUGAGUUUGCUGGUCCUCCGUAUGAGCAAAUUGAUUCUAAACGCGAGCUUUGUCUAUUUGUGCGUCCCCAAUUGACCAUUAGCAUGUUGCUAGGCAUCGCCUAUACGGUUCCUGAUAUCGAUGCCAUCGUCCGUGUCAAUAUGAUCUCCAAAUCCACAAAUGAAAGUGUCAGCUGUAUCAAAGCCCGUGUUAUCAACGGUGCUACGGUCUACCAAGCGGCGGUAAGCUGGAUACUUGCCGUUAUCACCGGACUGGGCCUUUUCGCAAGCGUAUUCCUUUCGAUUCUCGGAUACGACAACAUUGCGACGCAAAUUUCGUUCCGCACAUUACUCUUCCUGGGCUUCAUGCAGAGUCAAGCCAUUGCUGGCCUCGCUGCGGUAGAGUUCACGCCACUGAUCCAAAAUUGGACUCAAAAUUUUCAAUGGACCAUGAGCAUCGUAAAAGCGAAUUUCCUGAACAAUAUAACCACUUGGUUCCAGCGGGCAACAGGAGGUACAGCUUCAGAUCUUUUUUCCGAAGCCGGCGAUAUAUCAAUUGGUCUCCUGAAGCGUUCGGCAGAUCUCCUCACGAAGAGAAGCGGGCAGACAUCAGAUAGUGCAGCAGAAGUCAUUCUUCGAGGAAUCAUUCGGAUGGGAUACCGCGCAGGCAUUGAGUCUACCAACAUCUUUAUGACCGGGUAUUUGGUCUUUUAUUUCAUUGCUAUUGCAAUGCUCUUGGCUAUCAUGGCUCUCAAGUUUGGCCUACCUGCAGUGUGGAACAAGAUUCACGGGACGGUGGCCUAUAGUGCCUUGAAAGCUCAAGUCGACUGGCAGACUUUCAUGCGAGGAGCUAUUUGCCGGAUCGCAUAUCUCGGUUACCCGCAAUUCUGUGUGUUCAGCAUGUGGGAGCUAUAUCGCCGGGACUCAGCUGCUGAAGUCGUCCUCGCUAUCACCAUGUGGCUCGCCAUGACUAUCAUCCUCGGAAAUGCAACUUUUAGAGGCUUCCGGUCUUUUGGAGGCUUUCGCUAUGCACGACCUUUCAAAAUUUCGAAUGGAAUCUCGAAUUGGUCACUUCAUUCUAAUCCGCCCUAUGAAGAGAAAUGGGGCUAUCUGUAUAUCUUUUACAAAGCCGAGGCGCACUACUUUGCCACUCCUCUGCUACUCUAUACAGUACUGAAAGGCAUGGUCAUCGCAUUCACACAGCACAAUCCUACAGCACAGGCUAUUGUCCUUCUCAUCAUUGAGGCUGCAUUCCUGGUCUGUACCGCAGUUAUGCGACCCUACCUUGACAAGAAAGCCAACAGCUUCGCCAUAACCGCCGCUGCCCUCAGUCUUGUCAACAGUAUCUUCAUCCUGGUUUUUACAGAUAUCUUUAAUCAGCCAACUCUCAUGACUGGAAUAAUGACCGUGCUGUUUUUCUUCUACAACGCAGUGUUCACCCUUGUCCUUGUCAUAUUCUUAUUGGUCGGCCUUUUCUACGCUAGCCAGCUCAAGGAGCCAGCUCCCGGGUGGCAGAAUCUCUCCCACAAACGUGCCUCUGCACAAUCGACGACGCAGCUGCUCCAAACCGAUAAUCGAGGAUCAAUCGAGCUGUUUCCGCGCCAUGAAAAGACCAUUACUGAAGAGCUAUGGCGGUCACAGCGUCCGCCCUCGCCUGCGGGAAGCAACGCAAAAUUGAGCUCGACAGUUCGUUGGGAUUCGAGCACUGUGCGGUCUGAGUCCGUUUGGAAUGUUGAUCACGGACAUGAUGGGAUCACCUAUAAUGUGCGAGAUAGCGCCGCGCCUCCUUCGCCAUUCCUGCAUCCAGUUGAGCCAACUUUGCCGAAAAUUCAUAGCAGCUAG